ACCCAUGCUCCACAAUUCAUUGCAUCCUUCACAACCAACCAUUCUAAUAUCUCAUAUCUUUGAUAAGUGAAGCAAGACAAAAAAUGGCGUCAUCAAAGCCUCAUGCUGUGUGUGUACCAUAUCCAGCUCAGGGCCAUGUGAACCCGUUUAUGCAACUAACCAAACUCCUCCGUUGCAUGGGUUUCCACAUAACAUUUGUGAACACUGAGUAUAACCACAAACGUUUGGCCAAGUCUCUUGGGCCAGAAUUUGUGAAGGGGCUGCCGGAUUUUCGCUUCGAAACCAUACCCGACGGUUUGCCACCUUCAGAUAAGGACGCUACUCAGCACAUUCCAUCACUGUGUGAUUCAACUAGGAAGACUUGUUAUGAACCUUUCAAAGAGUUGGUCAACAAACUCAACUCUUCACCUGAAGGGCCUCCUGUGAGUUGUGUAGUUACCGAUGGUGUUAUGGGAUUUGCUUCAAGUGUGGCCAAAGAUCUGGGUAUUCAUGAGAUUCAGUUUUGGACAGCAUCGGCUUGUGGCUUCGUCGGAUAUCUGCAAUUCGAAGAACUUGCCAAAAGAGGCAUUAUUCCGUUCAAAGAUGAAAAUUUCCUGAGCGAUGGUACCUUGGAUACAACUUUAGAUUGGAUCUCUGGCAUGAAAAAUAUGCGACUUAAAGACAUUCCAAGCUUCAUUAGAGUCACCGAUCUAAAGGAUAUUAUGUAUGAUUUCUUGGGUUCUGAGGCACGAUACUGUUUGAGAUCUUCUACAAUCAUCAUUAACACAUUUGAAGAAUUGGAAAGUGAAGCCCUUGAUGAGCUUAGGUCUGCAAACCCAAACAUAUAUAACAUUGGCCCACUUCAACUGCUUGGUAGAAAUUUUCCUCAAAAGGACGACGGUUUUAAGGCAGGUGGGUCAAGUUUAUGGAAAAAUGAUUCUGAAUGCAUGAAAUGGCUUGAUAAAUGGGAACCUUCUUCAGUGUUAUAUGUUAACUAUGGAUGCACAACUCUUAUGACUGAGCAUCACUUGAAAGAAUUUGCUUGGGGAAUAGCAAAUAGCAAAGUCCCAUUUUUAUGGAUAAUUAGACCAGAUGUUGUGUUGGGUGAGGACUCUAUAAAUGUGCCACAAGAGUUCUUAGAUGAUAUCAAGGACAGAGGAUAUAUUGCAAGUUGGUGCUUUCAAGAAGAAGUACUUACUCAUCCAUCAAUUGGGGCCUUCCUCACUCAUUGUGGUUGGAAUUCUUCAUUAGAAGGCAUAUCUUCGGGUUUGCCUUUGAUUUGCUGGCCUUUCUUUUCUGAGCAACAAACAAAUUCAAGGUAUGCUUGCACAACAUGGAGAAUAGGGAUGGAAGUUAACCAUGAUGUGAAGCGAGAGGAGAUAACAACCCUUGUGAAUGAAAUGAUGAAAGGAGAAAAGGGAGAAGAAAUGAGGAAAAAGGGUUUGGAGUGGAUGAAAAAAGCAAUAGAAGCUACUGGUUUAGGAGGAUCAUCUUACAAUGAUUUCCAUAAGUUCAUAAAGGAGACUCUUCACCACAAUGCUAUCUGAGUUUGUUUUUGCGUGUCAAAAUAAAUUGUAUUUUAUAUUCGUAUGCAAUUGAUUGAUUUUGCUUGUAAUCUUUCAUUUAUGUCUGUUGCUUCUUUUUUUUCUUGAUAAAUAAAAUGGUAGAACGGAGAGAAAACAACUUCAAACUACCGGGUAUAGCAUUGUUGGCAUGAGCAUAGACUCAUAUUGGGCAUGAUACUAGCGGUGUUCAGUUCAUUUAUGUUUGUCUUUGAGUAAUGUAUUUAUAUUUUUGAGAAUUUUAUGCAUUGAAUUGUUAUUUUGUCUAAA